AUGUUAACGAUAGAAUCCCAAUUCCUUUUCAAAAUUCCCAUUGCACCGACCCUUCAGACAUGCAUCAGUCAGACGGAGAGCUGCAAUUCCAGAGAGUUCAAACACAAAAGAAGCCGUGCCCAGCGGGGCGAGUUCCUGAUUGCUAAAGGAUCUGGCCCAGGUGUCGCCGACGAAGAAGCCGAGAGCGCCACCCCAAGCUAG